AUGUUUUCCGUUGAUUCAAAGCGCUACAGAGGGCUCAGGAUAGGCCUGGUCAACGGCAUAUACACCCUUAACGAUGCUGGGGAGGAGCGCUUCGCCGCACGGGAGGCCUUGGCGGGGUCCCAUGAGGGGCCCUUGACCGCCUAUGAGGCCGCUCUGAAGAUCCAAGAGCAGUAUAUGGUGAAAGAUGAAGCGCAAGAGGAAGAAGAUAAGCAGAAAGAGGAGGAGCAGCGGGGCCUGAGGGAGCGAAGGGAGACCGACGAGAUCCUCACCCUGCAGCAGAUGCUGCCCGAGCUGCUGGGGGGAGGCAGGCUGAAAGAGGCACAAGGGUCCAUCUGCUACUUCCUCGAUAGGAACCCCCACAGCGCUGAUGGAUUCGUGCUGCUCGCGGAGGCCUUGGGCCACCAACAGAACCAAAUGGGGGCCCUCGCCGCUAUCUGGGGCGCUAUCCACAACUGCCCUGGAAACCGCCGCCUUCUGCGUCUGUUAGCGCAGUAUGAGGAGGCCUUUCUGAUGCAGUGCUGCGAGCUGCCUUUAGAGUUUAAGGUUAGGGCGCUUCAGUCGUCAGAGGGAGAAGCCCCUGCAGGAACCGGGGACCCUGGAGGCCCCUUGGAAUCUGUGUUGCAGCCUCAGGAUGCGCCAGUAACAAUCGUGAAGCAAGGAAGCCACAUGGCUGCCUUUGCAAACAGGAGUCUUGGCCCAGGUGAUAUGAUCUUUAAGGAGAAGCCGUUUGUAUGCACUCCUCUUGUGCUGGAGAGCGGGCAGGUGUUCAGCUCUUGUUUUCACUGCCUGCAGGAGCGAGGGGACCCGAGCCAUGCUUUCUCUUGCCCCGUAUCUCCUAACACGUGCCCAUUUGUUUUCUGUUCCUGGCAGUGCCUCAUGAAGAACGCCCGCCUGCACGCUGUCGAGUGCACCUGCAUGCCUUUGAUAUUCGCAACCGCCAAGGAGUCCGGCAUGGCGGUGAGCUAUGUGUUGCAUCUCUUUCGGGUCUUGGUAAAGGCGUCUCUGCAGAGGCAGAUGCAGGUGCCGCGGGACAGCAGUGGUCAAGGGGAGGAGACGCUCGAAGGCGACAUCGGCGCCCAGCUCUUCAGCUUAUACUCUUUUGAAGCCGAAGUUCGCAAGGGCCAACCGGAACUUCUGGCGAAGCUCCAACUGCUGAUACGCCGCCUGCAGCAAAACGUUCCCCCCAACAUGCUGCUGCACCUCACGGAGAAGGAGUUGUUGCACGUGGCUCUGGUUGUUUUGCAGUACUCCCAAUACGUCACCGCCAGCUCUGCAGCAGCAGCAGUGCAGCGAAGGGAUCCCGACUGCACUCUCGGGCAUGUCUUUGCCCCUGCUGCUGCGCUGCUGCACCACAGCUGCGUGCCCACAGCGACGGUGACUCUGGACGAGGAUGGCCAGCUGGCUGUGAGGGCGCUGACGCAGAUUCCUGCGGGGGGCUACAUCUGCAUUUCUGCAGAAGAGGAUCUGUUCAAGGCACAAAAGGACCGCAAAGCUGUGGAGGCCCUCCCCCGAGUAUUCGGCUGCGGCUGCGUCCGCUGCAGGGAAAACGACGAGGGGGGGCGUCUCCUGAGGGGGAUCCGCUGCUUCAAGUGCAUCCGGGGUUUCCUCUGCCCGGCCAAGGACCGCCAGUUGCUCGCCCGCCUCAAAGCCUACGGCGAGGUGGGCCUCCUGCCAGCCCGGGCCCCCAGCGCAGUCAACGCCCCCGAUAAGGAGACAUCUAAAGAAAGCCCCACGCAGGCGAAAGCCUCAACGAAGUCCCCAAAGCCUAAGCCCCAGCCCAGAGAGAAGAGCUCUCACGCGGGGCAGCACGGGGCAGAUGCAGAGGCAGUUGACGAACCGUGGCUGUGCAACUGCUGCGGGCUGACAGGGCUACAAGCCUCCAAGGCUUGUGGAGACAUGGAAUUAGACCUCAAGCAGAGACAGGAAAAGGCUGAUGCGUAUCUCGUCCAGGGUGCCAAACAACUCGCCGCGCGCUGCUACAGCGACCUCGUGGAUUUCUACGGCAGCAAACUACACCCCCAACACUCCGUCCUCUUCAACGCGCACACUAUUCUUGCAGGCCUUCUGGCAGAACAAGGCGGCAAGGACCUCCCGCGGGCCCUCAUCAUCCUUAGGCGGGCGGGUAUGGCUGCGGAGACGGUCUUGCCAGCCACCUCAAUGGUCAAAGUACAUCUCUAUUUGAAGCUCGCAGAGCUGACGUACAGAGCGAUGCAGCUAGAGAAGCAGUGCCGUCGAGGUCCCUCUGUUCCUCCUGAGAAGAUUUUAGAGCCUUUGUUUUGCGCCUUGUGGAACUGCGUGGCUUGCAUGGGGAGGGAGGCGACCCUGUCUGUAGCUGUGGGUCUGCGUCUCCGUCGGUUUGCUGCCCUUCUUGGUGUCUCCACGCCUCCUCUCACUUACGCCCCUGUUGUCCGCACGGACGAGGUCAUCGCUGCCCUUUAUCGGGGGGCAACGGACUCCAGCGCUGCCAGCACUGAGCAUAUCCGGAAUCUGUUUGUGCAAGACCCCAUGUCGAUAGCUGCGGGCCUUGUCCGUCGCGGCUUGCACUUCCCGCUUGCACUGGAACUGUUCAGGGCCAUGAAGGACACCCAGCAUCUCCCCACAGGCCUCAGCCUUCUGGGCCUCGCGUGUCUCUACGCCCACGAAGCUAUUGUCCGCGCCUUGUUGAAGAUGGGAUACGACCUUUUCGCUCAGUCUCCAUUAGGAAUGACACCCCUUCUAGUGAUGUGCGCCUCCCACGGAAGCCCUCUGGCUCCGGGGAAGAAGGGGAAUUCUUCUGGUGUUUUUACUUCGGAGUCAGCACCCGCGCUAGAAGAGGCAGAGACGGAGACAGAAUCUGCACGGUUGGCAAUAUUACGGCUGAUGCUGCAGCACUGCGACUCUUUGGACGCCACAGCAGCAGUGGUACAUCGCCACAGGCUUCUUGAGAGGAAACAGUCUGCAUCUCCCUCUCCCUCUUCCAAGGCCCCUUCUUCAGGGCCUGCGGGAGAGACAGGCCAAGCUCAGGACCAAGCUAUCCACAAGGCGAAGCCCGGAGGGCCAACGUUAGGGGCCAGCAGGAGACGGCUGCUGUUUGCCGCAGCCCACCGGCUCCUUGGGAGGAGCCAGGCACUACAUUUUGCUGCCAGCAAGGGCAAGACACGACUCUGUCGGCAGCUAGUGGCUGCUGGGGCAGACGUCGAGGCCCCGAAUAUUGAAGGCGCCACGCCGCUUCACUUGGCCUGUGUCGCAGGGGCUUUGGAUACUGUGAAGUUGCUGCUGGAUCGUGGGGCCGAUAUCAAUACCCCGACUUCCUCGGGGGAGACAGCUUUACUACUGGCUGCUUAUUGGCUGCAAGAAGAUGUCAUUUCGUUGCUGCUGCAGAGGGGAGCUGACCCCACAGUGGUGACGAGGGCGGAAGGCUUGACAGUGCUGCAUGCAGUGGCCGCAGGCGUGCUGCGCCAGACAAAACCUUUGUUUAGGGGCCUUGCAUGGGAAGGAGACCCCGCUGCUGUCACCCUCGAAGGCCUCUCGGCGGAGACAGUUGCCAGGGGGACUUACACUCGAGGGGGCUUCAACUCGAAUUCACAAGAUUUCCAAAUGGAUCUCCGCAUUCCGUCUUCCACCCCAGACGACAGCGACCUGCUUGUGUUCCCGGGGGAGUUGAUGCAGAGGGUGCAAAGAGCCCAGAAGAUGCUGUUAUCUCUCGUGCCCCACUGCGACCCCUGUACGUACACCCGACGCACUCGCAGAGGCUUCACAGCUGCAGACCUCCUGCUGCAUUCUUGGGAAGGCUUUGAGACUAGGCGGAACCGACUUUUAAAGCUAGGGGACCUGCGCCUGGCGCCUUUAACCCCUAAAGAGAAGACGCAGCUGGCAGAGCGAUGGCACUUUGUGCUGCACCAAAUCUAUGUCUUGAGGGACCUCCUAAGGCCCCCUCAGCCCAAUGGCACAGAGGGGGCGCACGGUGGGGACUCAACCCCAAGGCCUGAUCAGAGCAAAGCCAUUGAACAUCAGAAGCUGGUGACCGCCGCUCCCUGGCUUUUCCGUGACGAAGUCGCACGGGCCACUGCCAGGGCCACUAGAGGGGCCCCUAUUAUGGAGGCAACUGUUAAUGGCUGA